CAUCUAUACGUUUUUAAUACAACACUAUUAACUACAAACAUCACCAUUUGUCGAUCAGUAUUGCAUCAGUCGCUCGUUUGAACAGUGGCAUCGCUCUUGAAAUAGUUUUGGCAUCGCUCUUGAAAUACGUACAAUGGCAAACUAUUACGUUCCGACCAAGGCGCGUGAAAAGUCAGCGUCUUUGAAUAAACGAUAUACGCUACGCAUGCUGUGCAGCAGGUUUGCGCUAAUUUCAACUUUCUACAAAUGGAUUGAUGUAGCGAUCAACGUGAGAACUGUUUCCUGCUCCGUGGAAAUAUUGCUCGGCGAUACACGCAGCAACCGGAUUGUUCUACCAUACAGAACGUGGAGAGCUCUGUUAGAGAAACGUGCGGAUUUCGAGCGAUUCGUCCAGUCAAUCAAAGUACCAUCGUUAACGAUUCACGACCUUAGUGUGCAACUCAUGAAAUUGCGUGAUGAAAGUAUUGUUAAGUUAUCUUUACUCGAUGCAUGUAUUUACCUCAAGCCUACAAGCAUGCUAUUCAUGUUUGAACAAGAGCACUGUGUGGAGCGCGUAUAUUAUACGCUGCAUUAAAACAUUGCAACCGCGACUGAGAAAUUUAAAUAUUUCGUAACUUUUUUGCGCCAAAACUUUGCCAUGAACAAACCAGACGCGACAGAAUUAUUGCGUUAAUCUUACGAUAACAGUUUGCAGAUUGAGUGUAAAUUAAUAGCCUACGCUAUUAAUACUAUUAUAUACGAUGUAUUAACUACUUAAUAGAAUGAUUGUGCACGAUGUAUUACAUAUUCAACAAAAAAUUGUAUUUUUAAAACGUAUGAAAAAAGAGUUUAUCUCGGUAAAAACUUUUCCCAUGUUACAAUGCAUAUUAGUGUUACAAGUUGCGCGCAGUCUCUUAUAGAAUAGCCUUGACAGUAAUUGCGUUACGCGAACGAUAACAUUCCACAGGGAAGAAUCGAGCAUUGUCAAGGUCUGAGAGCUGCAUCAGCAAAUAUAAUUUUAAUAAAGAAUAUUUUAUAUCUCUCGAACGGUAGGCUAGAAGAUUACGAGACUUGAAAUUUAUAUGUAUUAAAAUACUGCCUUUAAAAUGGAGCCAAGAACAAUAAAACAAUUAUAAUAUUAUAUGAUAUACUAGCUAGCGUAAAAUAGCGGCGUUAUGCAACGUCUACGAUAUAAUCGUAUAUCUUUUGUCUUUGAUGUAAUUGUAUACCUUUGUGAUUAGCUGUUAAAAUACGCGAUGCGACGGAGGAUGCUUUUGAUGAAUAAACCCUUUGUUAGUCAAUUA